GCGCUGUGGAUCUGUCACAUGACUAGGAAACCUGUUUGCAUGUUGCCGACUGCAGCGGCUUGUUUUUAGUGCCCCGGAAAGCUUCGGGCAAAUGCGUUAGGUAAACAUUAUUUUAUCCAAAGCCGCCUCAUCACCCGGUCCACCAUGACUCGGUUUCAGGGGUCUACCGGCAGCGUCUUCAUUGGCCCUUUCCGAGAAACCCCCCAGUCGCUUUGGGAGGUCCCGCUGGUCUCCUCGCCCGGGAAGAUUUCCUCCUCCGGCGUCUCCUUCUGCUUGUCGUGCGUCUUCCUUCUGCUGCUGCGAUGUGUGCCGGGGGCUCAGGGAGUGUGGCCGAUGCCCCAGCGAGUGGUCCAGUCCGAGGUGCGAUACCCGCUCAGCCCUCACGAUUUCACAUUUCAGUACGGCAAGGAGUCGGCGGUGCAGCAGGGAUGUGCGGUUCUGGACGUGGCUUUCAAGAGAUACUUCAGCCUCACGUUUACGGGUUACGCAAAUGUACGAACAGGAACAGAGAAACACAAAGUCUCUCCCUAUGGUGGGCACCGUUUUGGAACAGCGCCUCCCACUGGCUUAGUGGUGACUGUGAAGGAACCUGGAUGUGAUGGCUACCCUGACUUGGAUUCGAAAGAGAACUACAACCUGACUGUGGCGGAUGGCCCAGGUGUGCUGAUUGCAGACUCAGUGUGGGGAGCACUCAGAGGUUUGGAAACAUUCAGUCAGCUUGUUUACCAGGAUGAUGAUAACACUUAUUAUGUGAACAAGACAGAGGUUCAGGACUACCCUAGAUUCCAGUACCGGGGACUCUUACUGGACACGUCUAGGCACUACCUACCUCUCAGCGCCAUCCUGAAGACACUGGACGCUAUGGCCUAUAGCAAGUUCAAUGUUUUCCACUGGCACAUUGUGGAUGACCCCUCCUUUCCAUAUCAGAGCCCCACAUUUCCUGAGCUGAGCAACAAGGGCGCCUACCACCCCCAGACUCACAUCUACACUGUGACGGAUGUGAAGAGGGUGAUUGAGCACGCCCGUCUGCGGGGGAUCCGGGUGGUCCCCGAAUUCGACACCCCGGGACACACCCAGUCCUGGGGCAAAGGACAGCUGGGCUUGCUCACCCCUUGCUAUAAGGGGUCGGUUCCCUCAGGGAGUUUUGGCCCAGUGAACCCAGCGCUUAACUCCAGCUACCAGUUCAUGAGCACCCUCUUUAAGGAAGUCAGCGUUGUCUUUCCAGACUCUUACAUCCACCUGGGAGGGGACGAAGUGGACUUCACUUGCUGGCAAUCUAAUCCAGACAUUCAGAUUUUUAUGGCAAAGAUGGGAUUUGGAACUGACUACAGAAAACUGGAAUCAUAUUACAUCGAAAAAAAAGACCAUUCCCCUACUCUGUCUCCUCCCAACCAGGUGCCCAAGGACACGGUCGUGCAUGUGUGGAAGGGUAAUACAGCACAGUACCUCCAUGAGAUGAGCUCCAUCACAGCCAAGGGCCUCAAAGUCUUGCUCUCUACUCCUUGGUACCUCAAUGUCAUUCACUAUGGCCAGGACUGGCAAGCCGCGUAUGAAGUCCAGCCUCUGAACUUCGCCGGAACCCCCGAACAGAAGAAACUGGUGAUGGGAGGAGAAGCCUGCAUGUGGGGGGAGUAUGUUGAUGCCACCAACCUCAGUCCUCGACUUUGGCCCAGAGCUUCAGCAGUGGCAGAGAGGCUGUGGAGCAAUGAAACCCAGACCUCCAGCGCACGUGCUGCCUACCCCAGACUGGCAGAGUUCCGCUGCAGGCUGCUCAGGCGCGGUGUUCAGGCAGAGCCUCUCUACGUGGGAUACUGCAAGCACGAGUACGACGGACUGUGACCCUACAGGACCCAGUACCUUCCCCCUGAGAGCUCUGCGGAACACAAAUAAUUACUGUGCAGUGGAUUCCUAAAGCAGUAUAAUUAUCUGAAUAGAAUUUGAUUUUUAUGAUGAAAGAAAUGCCUUUUUUUAGCAGUGUCUUAAUUUUCCAUUUGUGUUGUGUUCCAUUUUUCCAUUCCUCAAUAACAAUAUGGCUGGUAUAUUUUCAUUAUCACUUUACAGUGUAUUUUCAAGGUAGUGCAAAUGUGUGCAGUUUAGAUCUGCUAUGAAAAUUCCGUAGCACAAGUUCUUUUAAUUAUGUGUUACUCUGAGUCACUGAGAUUAAAUAUUACAAUUUUAGUUAGAAACUAGAAAGUUUAAGAUUAACAUUACAAUAGGAAAAAUAAAAGAAGCACAGGAUAUUCAUAUAAGGUCAGCGCUGAGAAAGCAUUAGCAACAAAGUCUACAGAUCCAGUACUAUAUUGACCACAACAGAUUCAUUUUGUCCCAGUAAGUGAAACACUUUACUCAAGCUGUCUGUGCUACUUAUAUUUUACAUCAUUUACAAUAGUUGUGGUGUGAAUUUGCAGUCUGAACAGUUCUGUAUUCUGCAGAAGUACUUUAAUCUAUAGCAUUUGCUGCAUGUACAAUGCAGCAUAUAUACAUAUACUGUAGAAAGAACUUCCAAACAUUAUAUGCAGCAGUUGGCUCGGGGCUUUGUAAUUGUAAUGUAAUGGCUGGAAUGGUUUUAUUUCUUUGUUGAGAAAAAUACUAUUUUUUUUUCACUUUAUUACAGAAGUAAUCAUUUUAAUAGCACUAACCCAAACACUAUGACUCAAACAUUGAAGGGGUUUAAAGACAAACUACAACAGAUGUCUGAGCUGUGAUCUUUAUUGAUUGAGCUAUUAGUGCUAAAUAUCUGGCUGACGUUUGGACUGCACUAAUGCGGGCUGUUGCCAGGCUAGCAAAACCAAUUGCAACUUCUGAAGGAUUACACUCUAAUUACACGUUCUGCAAAGCUUAUUAAGAAUUCCAAUAAAACCCAAUGUUGUUAUUGUU